GCGCGUGCGCAACGUAGCGUUAGCCAUCUUGUGUACGGCAGCAGAGAGAGAGCAGCCGUUAGCUCGACAGACACACAAACACACCCAGUCUACCCUCCACAGACUGUAUCAACGCCAGAAACGGAUGGUAAACAUGUGUUAUCAUGUGUCAAGAUGUAUAUCCAGUGUGUUUCGUGGAGGAUAUGUGCUUUUGAAGACGGGGGAGUGUUGAAAACUGAAGGCGUCUCAGAGUCGAGUGAGUCCGGCGACUGGAGUUUCAUUCGCGCGAGCGGCCUGAGGGAAACUCUCACACCCGGACAUGGCCUUCAUUUAGGCCUCGGAUAACACGGAGACGGGCUUGGAGGGAUUAAACACACCUGGAAUUAAGCUGUCAUUGUGUUUGGAGCUUCGUGAGUUUCAAUUUAACGGAUUAAAAGUACAAAAAAUGCCGCGAUGAGGACGCACGCGCGCUGACGGGAGCUCGGAGGGAAGCUUGAGUUAGCGCGUGACGCUAACUGAGAAUUACAUGACAUUUUCAUAUAAGAGGAGUUACUCCGUUUAACUUGGAGCUGUACGCUUUAGUCUGACGUGUCGAAGUCGCAGUGACACACUUUCAAGCGGUCAAAAUGUCUAAAAUGCCGUCGAAAAAGAAGAGCUGUUUCCAGAUCACGAGCGUAACGCAGGCGCAGGUGGGGACGAACAGCAUCACGGACGACACCGAGAGUUUGGACGACCCGGACGAGUCCAGAACUGAGGACAUGUCCUCCUCUGAGAUGUACGACAUGUCCAAAUGUGGCGAUUUCGAGCCGGAGGCGUGUGACGUCAGUUUGACGGACGAACCGCUGCAUAAUGAUGCUGAAACCGCGAGCGCGCAAGAUGGUGCCGUAACGUUACCUGGCUCUCGUAACACAAGUGCUGUUCACGUAAACCCUAAUGUCCGUGCAGUCAGUGGGACAGCUGGCCAAAUGAGCCCAUCCCAGACUUCACCUUCAGUUGCAUCUAACAGCACGUCCCAGGCAUCAUCAACAUCAGUUAGCAGUUCUGCCACAGUAAGUGGUUGCAGUUCCCGGUUCAGGGUCAUCAAAUUGGAUCAUGGUACAGGUGAACCCUUUAAAAGAGGUAGGUGGACUUGCACUGAGUUUUAUGAGCGGGAUACGGAUGCUUCCUCGUCUGCUCGGACUGCGGAUAACGUUAAACAACACGCCGGCACCGGGGACCACAGCGCGGACCGAGACGGCCUAGGAGGUUCGGUGGCGGCGUAUAAUGCGCUUUCAACCCUCACAGAACCGCAUACGGACAGUGGUUACGGAUCUGCACCAUCAAACCCUCCUGUGGAGCUUCAAAAGCAAACUUUUGGGAUUUUGCAGCAGGGAUUAGGGCUUGUAGCCCAGAACCUUUUCGGUGAUGCCCAUGCUAAAUCUCCCAGCAUGCCUUCUACAGCUCAACCACAGCCAUUUUACCCUGGUAAACAGGCACAGAAACCUGGCCAGAUGCUUCAGACUGUUAUCCCGUCUAAUCAGGCUGACUAUAGGUUACAGAAUCAGCCUCUUGGCUCUUCAGUGACCCAGGGCCCGUCACCGGUCUUGACUCCCGCAGCGGGAAGCACUCAUGUGCUGGGAUUAGUUCCUCAGCCGGUGGAUGUUCAGGGGCUUUUACCCCAGUCCAACAUCAGCGCCGCUCUAGGGACCGUAUCAGCCACAUCUGCGGGUUCACAGGCACCAGUGCCGCUCGUUCAGCCAGCAGUAACUCAUGCUGUGGUCCCUGGUGUGCAAAAUGUGCCUGUUGUUCUGCCCAGUGCCUCUAAUACCCCCCAGAGCAUGCCAAACCAGACCCCGGUCCCUGUUGUACCGCCCCAGCAGAACCAGCCUCAGGGAGUCCCGAGCGGUUCGGCAGCAGGACUGGGGGCUCAGAUGAACCCCUCUAUCUUUAGCCAGCUUCCCGGUGGCGUCGGGCUGGCCGGUGAGAACCGGAGGAGGACUGAGCUGCUGCUCCAGAGCUCGGUUCUCCUGGGAAGAGAUGCCAUCAGACCCCUGAAUCCCGAGGGAUUGCAGCUUCCCACGCCUGCUGUCAACAGCCUGUUUGGAAUAGCUAUUCACAUUGAUGGGGAUGAGGACAGGAACCCCUCCAAAGCUUUCUAUCAAGCCUUUCCAAUCGGCAGGUCAAAGGCCAUCAGUGAUGGUGCCUCUGGUGCCAGUGUUGUGGCCAUUGAUAACAAAAUAGAGCAAGCUAUGGACCUUGUGAAAAGCCAUCUAAUGUACGCGGUGCGCGAGGAAGUGGAGGUCCUGAAGGAGCAGAUCAAGGAGCUCUACGAGAGGAACUCGCUUCUGGAGAGGGAGAACGCAGUAUUAAAGUCCCUGGCCAACACGGAGCAGUUGACCCAGCUCACCUCCCAGAACAACAUCCCCGGGAGCACGUCUCCCCAACAGACGCCAGCCAACGCACUCCUGCAGGAAGGAGCCGAGCUCGUGGCCUUGCCCCCACAGCCCAACGUGUCCACGGCGUGAAGACCUCGAACGCGGGGCUCCGGAGACUCGCAGAAAAACUAAACAAAAACCUGCAAAGGAGAUUUUCGUUUGCCACUUGCGGAGAGCCAUGCUUCGACUAUCCUCGCUGCUUGGCUUUCCCAGUAUUAGACAAUCAUUUUGGGAGAAGCAAAUUUGGUUUGGCUCUUAAGAUUGCCGUUUGGUGCAGGCGAUUGGGA